AUGAAGAAACAGUCGCUCGUCAUUUUAUUCCUACUGUGUUCUCACUUCGCUCCAACACAGACCAUACUCCUUGCAAACCAGUUCGGAUGUGGUGGCGGAUGCGGUGGCAGCAGUGGUGGUGUUGAUUUUCUUGGAAUGCUAACUACAACCGCUGCUGCUACUACGACAGAAUCAUCACAACCGACCACGCAAAAUGCUUUUCAACGAGCCGGUUGGCAGACGGAUGACAAAGGUAACGUCUUCAUCGGCACGGAUGACGCGAAACUACUUCUGAUAUCUGUCGGCUCGUACUGGCCCUUCCCUAAGGAUUAUCGUAAAUGA